AUGUUCAUGCUCAGAAUCUCCAUGGGAUUGGUCGUGACAUGUUCGAUUAAUUUCCUACGAUGCUGUUGGCUACCACAUACGUGGCGGCGGGUUCCGCAUGGAAGUUGGAGCGAAGUAGAAAGGAGACACUGUCAAGGGGCCGCCGCUCGAGCGCUCUCCGACAACCUUGAGGAUUUGAUGCUGAGGGCGGCGAGGACGUGGAGAGGGACAUGGGGGAGUUGGAAGGCCGUGGAAAAAUUCGACCGUGAAAUCUGCAUGCAACCUGGCGGAGGCAGGAAGGCAGCGUCAGGGGCUGAGCGAUUUGCAGGCGAGGUGCGCGCGGCAGAGGGGCUGGAGUGGGGCUUGCUCACGGGACGGUGA